UCCAUUAUUGUUGUUUUCGUUUUUUCCGUCGCGAAGUCGCAAAAAUAUAUAUAUUGAGAUAUAUCUCGAAAUCCAGACAAACUGGAGAAGUGGAAGAGAACGCGCAACUCCACCAAAAAGAUGGAUGAGCGAGGAGGCGGCGGUGCUGGCGGUGGGGGCGCGGGCGGCUCUGGAGGAUCAACAACAACGAGCAACAACAAAUCAGCUGCUGCUGCUGCAUCUUCGUCGGCGGCGCCUGUUGAUAAGCCAACGGUUCUAGAAGGUGUUCUUCACAACAUUUUCGAUGGGCUGACGGACAAGGAGGAGCAGGUGCGCGGCGCCAUGCAGCAGGCCAUUGUAAAGAUUCUGGAAACGCAUCCGGAAAGGGCGGCAGAGAUCCUCAGCGAUUAUCGCGCCCAGCAGCCCAAGAUGAGCGAUCAGACCGUGGCCAUGCUGCUAGAUUGCAUUCGUCGCGUGGUGGGUGCGGAAAAUCCCUUACCGGCAAGUGCCAAUCAGAAACUGAUUGCCCUGGCCUUGCAGGAGCUCACAAGAAGCCCAGAGCACGUGCCUCUAAUACAGAAUCCCGCCCAGCGUAUACUUGUGGCCAUUGGCCGGAGCAGUCCCGACAGCUGUGCCCAGGUAAUGGAAGCUCUGCAGGAGAAAAAGGGACCAAAUCCCGAUGGAAGUGGUGUUCCCCACUUUAUGCUAAUGCAAAGUCUCGGCCUGCUGGCCACAGAGCAUCCUGCGGGCGUUGUGCCGCACAUCAAGGCCAUAUUGAGCAGAUGCCAACCGCAUUUGGGAGGCAUACGCCAGGAUCACAUUAAGCAGGCUCAUGCUUAUGCAAUCGGACGGUUUAGUGAGGCCUUGCUGGAGGAGGGCGGCAAGGCAGAGGAUGAGGAUGCGGAGGAGAAGCGAUGCUCUACGGAGAUCAGUGUGGCCUACGAUGUGCUCUUCAACCAAUGGCUGCACUCCCGUGAGCCCAAGGUCUGCGUGGAGAUUCUGCAGGCCCUGUCCAGCAUGUAUCCCCUGUUGCCACGCGAUCGCAUCCAGGACCAGGCAGCCAGGCUGGUGCCCCAAAUACUUGCGCUCUACCGUCGGAGCGUGGACAGGAAUGCGGUCACCCAGUUCCUCUGUUCGGUGUUGAAGACGAACCUAGCACUGAAUCCCCAGGUCCUGGAUGGCAUAAUUGAUCCGUUGAUCACGAACCUGUUCGAUCUCUUGUGCGUAUACCCGGACUACGAAAAGCCGCAGACGGUCAAGGGCCACUACGAAGUGCUGCGCUGCUUCCAUUUGCUGGCUGGCCAUCGUCCCUACUCGGCCCGGAUCAUGGACACCUUGCUCAUCCAUCUGCGAAACAACAGCGAAAGGGAGCGAAUGAAGUCUCUGCUCAUACUCACACACCUGCUGAACUCGUGUGCGGGAAAUAUAGAGAAUCGCAUCCCGGCCCUGAUAGAGUGCCUGAAGCAGCUGAUCCUCAGCGAGAGAGGCAUCAAGAUGAAACUGACGUUGCUCAAGACCAUUGUGGCGCUCGCUCAGAAAUCUCAUAUUCGGGACAAGGAGUUCGUGUGGUUCGUGGUGCGGCACAGCUGCCGCUACUCCAAGCCCAGUCAGGAGCACGGCAGCCAGGAAGAACACUCGAACCUGGCGCUUAGCUGUGAGAACACCCUUUACAUGCUGGCCUCCACGGUGGGCACUCUGGACGAGCUGCUCAAGCGGGAAUUGCUCAAUUACUUUAUCCUUUUGGACUACACCGAUAUCUGCGGAAAUCUGGCCAAGUGUCUGGCCAGUUUAUUUGCCAAAUCACCGCACAUUGAGUACGAUAUAGCGACGGGCGAGGAUGAUGUGGCCACCGACAAUAAUGCUGCCACAGAAGGAGCCGCCGCGGGAGCCGAGGAUCGUGGUGCAAGCAGCGUGGUGAAACGCGGCAAGGUGAUGGUGCCGGGGGCGGAAACCAUCUAUGCCCGGUGCCUGGCCCUGCUGGGCAAUCAGGAGCACUGCAUCAAGCGCUGUUCGAACAUACUCAGCUUCCUGCGCUACUACCAUCCGCAGGUGAAUCCCGCCCUGGAGGAACUCUGGGAGCGACGUAUACCCGACUUGCAGCUGCAGAUUAACAGGGAGAGCGCCUAUCGGCAGCAGCUACACGACUUUGUGCUGGAAACGAACGAGUUCCUUGGCGGACUGGACGAGAAUUUUGCCCAACGGCUGGCCAGCAAACUGGCUGAUCAAAUGUACUUGUAUCCCAUCCAGCUGCCCAACUCGGAGUGGCAUCUCCCAGCCGACUUGAGUGCGGAGCGUGGAAUGCUGCUCCAGGCCGUGGCCCUGACCCUGCUCCAGGUGACCGAUGUGGCCUGCAUUCACACCAAGAUCGAUCUCAUUGUGACGAGUGCGCGCCAGGAGCGAUUGGACAAGCAUGUGAAGCAUGCGGACUAUGAGAAGCGUAUCGAGCCCUGCGCCCGGGCCCUGGGCUAUAUAUCGCGACAGCACCUGGGCCUGCUGGUCAAGAAACUAACAGAGCUGGCCCAGGUGGGCGGGCGAAAGCACUCGACGGGCUUCUUCAGCAACCUACACUUUAUCAAGGACACGCACAAGGAGCUGGAGAACUACAAGAGCAACUUGCUGGUGGUCAAGUCAUUUGGCCGCAUCAUGGACGAGGCGGAUCCCCUGCAGUCGUUGCAGCACCUGGACGAGGACGAUACUCUGCUGGGCUUCCUCAUGCAGCAGCUGGCGGGGCACAAGGAUCAAACGAUUAUGUCGGCCAUCCUGCAAACGCUUCUCAGCAUCUGCAAUCAAUUGAUUGCCACCAAGGAGCAGCUAACAUCGCCACUGCGCCACCGCAAACAGAUCAUGGAGACUGUGUUCAGCAUACCAAUUGAGGCGCCCUUCCACGACCUGCCCCUGCUGCCCACCAUUCUCAAGCUGGGCACGGACUUCAUACGCAUCGGUGGUCCCGACACCGAGGAGUGCGUAGAUGGCGGCGUGAUUUUUGAGAUUGCGUGCCGCAACUUCUUCGGUUGUGCUCAGCAGCUGAAGAUGAAGUUCGACUCGCAGGAAGAGGACGAGCGCAACAGCUUCCUGGCCAAGCAUCUGAACGAGUCAUUGCCACAGCUUAACGCCCUGGUGCGGGCCAUCGUCGAGCUGGAUGCCUCGCCGGCCACUUUGGAUCUGAUUAUUGGCAUACUGGAGACCUGGACCAGGGAUCGCAACUCGGAGGUGCGCAUCUGCGCCAGCCAUGUCUUCAACAACACCUUGGAGGUGUACAUCAAGGCGAUGCGCAUUGGUUGCGAGGCGCCGUCCAAGUUCAAUCAGACUGGACAAAUGCUGGGCAAGAUUGUGCCCAGGUGCAUCGAUUCAAAUGGCACCGUACGUCAGGUGUCGGUGGAGAUCCUGCAGAAGACGCUGGAGAUUGCCUGCAUCUAUGAAACCCUGACAAUAGCCAGCAUCGACAGCAAUGCCGACUGGCUGAAGGAGAUCGAGGUGAUCAAGGAGCACAUCAUCACCGACGAGCCGAAGCAGAUCUACAAUCUGGCCGGCGACAUAGCCAAGAUCAUUGCGCUGCGCAUCUCCAGUUUCCAGUACUUACAAUUCUGUAAAACCUUGCUGCAAUCGCUGCGUGACCCGGAGCAGAGUUCCACCAUCGGUGCCAGCGUUGUGCUCAAGUUCUUCAUCCAACAGAAGGGCUCGGAGCUAUUCCAUGCCAUUCCCGAUCUCGUGCGUGACAGUUUGCUGGCGCUGCAGGUGUGCGAGGUGCCCAGGGCCAAGUCUGGGGUCCUGAAGGCACUGGUGGCUCUAACAAAGCAUCAUCCCAAGUUGGUUUGCGCCGAAAUGCUUAACCAUCCGCUGCCCUACGAUCCGCAUCUGGUGGAGUAUUGGCAUCUGGUGUGCAACGAUCCCGAGCUGACGGGCCUAAUGCUGGACAUAUUCCUGCAACUGCUGAGCGGAGCAGCGAUUCAAGAGGGCGGUGGUGGUGGCCAGGAGACGGCGACAACGGAUCGCCAGAAACUGGCCAGCAGUCAGCCGUUUGCCAUCUUUUCUGCAUUGCAUGAGAUGAUGCCCUGCAAGGACAUCAAGGGGCAACUGGAGGCGCGCUUUCCGGACAUGUUCAGCAUGCUGCUGACCUCCCUGAGCAGCUACACCAACUUGGCCGCUCCCAAUUCGAUGAAUGCUUCUAUAAGUCCCAAUCAAACGCAACCAACGGGCAAAUCCAAGUUCGGUUUCGUGCCCAACAAGGAGCUGAUAAAGCUGAAUCCCUGCCAAAUAGCCCUGGAGACCUUUCAGGCCUUCCUCACCAACCUGGAAAUGGAGCAGAUCGCCAGUGUGCUCAGCGUCAAUGCCCAGCUGGCCAGCAGUGCAGACUGGCACAGCUACAUUGAGCUCCUGACCCCCAUGGCCAUUGGACUGGGUCAGCAGCUGCAGCUGGGCAGUCCGCAGAUGCGACAUUUGGUCAGUUCGCUGAGCAAGUAUGUGGCGUCGCCUCACGAUGGUCAGCGUGUGGCAGCUGUGGGUCUAUUCUCACGCCUGGUGCCGCUGAAACCCACCGGAGAGCUGGCUGCCUCCAUACUACUCCACUUGGGUGCUGCCCUAUCCGAUCCCAAUGCGGUGGUGAGAGGUCUCAGCAUCCAGGGCAUGGGAUAUGUCGGUCAUCUGAACGAAAUGGAGGCGAAACGCUACUCGGAAACGGCCAUUUCGGCUUUGUUGAAGGGCGUCGACGAUCCUGUUGGUGACUGCCGCCUGAUCAACAUUCCGCUGGAGAGCAUGCGCGGUCUCUCGGGUAUCUUGAGGGCUUUGCCCAGCGAGCGAAUUGAAUCCUUCCACGUCUCCCUGGCCAUUCGAAUACGCCCCUUCCUGGGUAAUUAUGCACUGGAAAUGCGCGAGGCGGCCAUCCAGCUAUUUGGGGAUUUGUGCGAAGGCGGGAGCAGUAGCUGCUCCUCCUCACCCACCACCACCUCGUCCAUGGAGGCGCUGAAGGAACAGCUACUGGCGAAUCUAUUUCCGCUUCUGCUCCAUCUCAGCGAGAGCGAAGCUGUCAUUGUGGCGGCCUGUCGGGGUACUUUGCAGCGGGUGUGCCGCCUGCUUCCGGCACCACGGGUCAUAGAGAUGGCGGAGCAGCAGUUGGGCGGCGAGGACCGUGGAGUUCGCCUCAAUUAUGGCAGUUUUGUGGUGGACUUUGUCAAGCUAAUUGCCCAGGAACUGACGGAGCACAUCCAGGACUUUAUUGACUCCUGCCUGCCGCAGCUGCGUAGCCAGUGGCCAGAGGUGCGGGGCAGUGCAGCCAUUGUGAUUGGCAUCCUGCACAACUUCCUCAGCGAACGAAACAUGCAAACGGAAUUGGUGGCCAGCAAGAUCGCAAUGCUGCUCAAGGACGAACAGGCGGCGGUGCGUGUGAGGGCUGCCACUGCCCUCGGUUACUUCUUUGGCGACAUCUAGGGACCAAUCCAUUAUCUCGAUUAAUUACUAUCCAUGUUUUUGUAAAUUUAUGUACGCCUUAGUAUUCUCUCCAAGUGUGUGAUCCCGUGCUGCCUCAGCCAUUGUUUCCCUGAAUUUUGUUUGUUUUGUUAUUCAAUCGAAAAUCCACGUUAUACACUAGAUACUACUAUAUAUACAUAUAUCCAUAUAAUACCGAUAUUUAUAUAUAUUUAUAAACACGAUUUUAUGCGGAGCGUUUUACAAGCUGUAAGGCAGUGUAUUGUUGGCAUUAUUUAAUGUUUUCUACAAAAGAAAAAGUAAAAGACUCUUGUUAUGGACAAUAAUUGCAUCAUAAUACAGGAUUUCUUGAGGUAAACAUGUGAUCUAAAUCAUUUCCCAACUAAAAUAUUUGUAUACAAUCAAAUCUUUGUGAUGUUUUUAACAUGGUACAGUGAAUGCAGACGAAUUUUAAGGCCAUCUAGCGUAAAAAUGUUAAUAUUUUUGAAUAGUAAUUAAAUAUAUAUUAUUACAUUGUUCUUGAAUUCGAUAACACUAAAGUUACUGAAGUUAAUGCUCGAUUUGGAUCGGAUUGUCUUUGAAUCUACAUAAGUUUUUACUAUAAUUGUAUUAUGUCUAUUAUUUUUUUAUAUUUUUAAUAGCACAGAGAGUGAAACUUAUUAUUUCUUCAAUAUUACGCUGAUUUUUUUCAUUUUAAAGACCAAUUUUCGCAAAAAUGUUAUUGAA